GAGUGACAGGCCAGACUUAAUUAAAAGGUUGUCUUUUACAUUAACAAAUCGAUUUACGAAGACAAACAAAUCUCGAGUUGCAAGAGAAGGGCAUUUCCGGAAUGGCAGGAGGGGUCAACAGGAAGAUUUCGGCAGCAUCAGCCAGAACUCAUACCAGACGAGCUAAGCAAAGCUCUUCUUUUAAGCUUCCUUCAGGGAUUUUUAAGACUACACUAUUGGUCUUCUUCGUUGGGAUUUUGGCAUGGGCUUAUCAGGCAAUUCAACCUCCUCCUCCAAAGACAGUUGGAUCUCCUGAUGGCCCCUCUAUAACGGCACCUAGAAUAAAACUUAGAGAUGGAAGACAUUUGGCAUACCAAGAAUAUGGUGUCCCAAAAGAUAAGGCCAAGAUUAAGUUUGUGUAUAUUCAUGGAUUUGAUUCUUGUCGACAUGAUGCUGUUGUUGCCAAGACCUUAUCCCUGGAAAUCUUUGAAGAAUUUGGGAUCUAUAUGGUGUCCUAUGACCGACCAGGCUAUGGAGAAAGCGAUCCUAAUUUAAAGCAAACAGUGAAGAGUAGAGCUUUGGAUAUAGAGGAGCUCGCUGAUCAACUGGGACUUGGAUCUAAAUUUUAUGUGAUUGGAUUUUCCAUGGGUGGAGAAGUAGUUUGGAGCUGCCUCAAGUACAUUUCUCACAGGUUAGAAGGGGCUGUGCUAUUAGCUCCAGUUGUUAACUACUGGUGGCCCGGUUUUCCUGGAAAUUUAUCUAAAGAAGCGUACUACCAACAGCUACCCCAAGACCAAUGGACACUUCGCGUUGCUCAUUAUGCUCCCUGGCUUACUUACUGGUGGAACACUCAGAAGUGGUUCCCUGCUUCUAGUGUUAUAUCUCACAGUACUGAUAUUCUUUCACCACAAGAUGUCAAAAUCAUACCAAAGCUUUCUGUGAGAAAGGAUUAUAUGUCACAAGUAAGACAGCAAGGAGAUUAUGUGUCCCUUCAUCUUGACCUCAACAUUGGAUUUGGAACCUGGGAUUUUGACCCUAUGGACUUAGAAAAUCCAUUUUCAAAUGGUGAAGGUUCUGUGCACUUGUGGCAUGGAGAUGAAGAUCUUAUGGUACCUGUCACACUGCAACGCUAUAUUGCCCAGCGACUCCCUUGGGUACACUACCACGAGCUGCCGGGUGCUGGGCACUUGUUUCCACAUGCUGAUGGAAUGUCAGACACCGUAAUAAAGACACUUUUAACUGGAGAUAAGUAGCUCACCUCAGGUAUGCUUAUCUAUGCAGGUUCUCUUGCUUAAAGUUGGAGAUUCAGAGACUUAGUUCCUUGUUUUGAUAUGUAUGUUUUUGUAACUGGUUAUUGUUUGUGAGAAAGCAGAUGUUACUUCAGGUUAAUUUUGAAGAAAAGUUUUUUCGCGAA